AUGCCUUACGUCUUAGAGAACUCCGAUGUCCCUGAAGAUUCAAACCUCGAUCGGGGAAGGAUCGCCGCCGCCCAUUCCACGUCGGAUGACCAUGAGAGCGAGCCAGCCGAUAGCCUGAUGAGCGAAAGCAGCUCUGAUAAGAAGGAACAAACCGCAGCUGUUGACAGUACCAUUGGUGUAAGGAGAAGAGACUCUGUCAGUGCGAUCCAACAAUACCUUGUCGACAUUUUCCUCAUAGUUCCUUCAAUAUGUUUCAUCACCUACGGAAUGAUGGCUCUCAAGAAUAACGGCCGGCCGAUCCACGAGGACCCGGUUCCAGCCUUACGCAUGGCCGCGACAUAUAGCCCUACCAUCUUUCCUAUCGCAUUUGCCGCUGUUGCUGCGAAUCUGCUAAAAGCUGCAGCCGGCUGGAAGAUGGAGCGAGGCGUUACGGUUCUGAGUCUAGAAUACCUCCUCAGCUGCCGCACCGUUUUCAGUGCGGUAACUACCCCUUUAUCUUUACGGCGUACCAAUCUUCUGGCACCGUUCCUCGUCGCUCUAUGGGCUAUGUCUCCCCUAGGAGGCCAGGCCGCUCUACGUAUCAUGGAUAUGAUCCCUUCACAAGCAUCAGAGCUAUAUCCAUUUGAGUACCUUGAGUUCAUGUCCAUCUUUACACAUUCGAGUCCUACUAGCUCGGCUGGAAAUAGCGUGAUGCCCUCGAUCCAAGGGACCUUUAUCUCAGCGUUAUCCAGUCCUGAAGACGUCAAAGCGGGGCCUCGAGAUGCGUUCGGGAACGUCAAGAUUCCAAUGCUUGAACACUAUCCACAGACAACAACAAUGGAUCUCGAAGGCUGGUACCACGUCAGCACGAAUGGCUCUGGUACGAUUUGGUCAGCGAUCAUGGGGAUUCCUGUUGCUACAAAAGGUGGAUUUUCUCAAGGGUACAACUACUCUUUUACCUUAAACACUUCUUACAUGGCUGCAGACUGCUCAGUCCGACGCGAACAAUCAAUGAGCCUCGUAGACUGGUACGACUACAAAAGAACUAAGCGAUUCCACAAUGGUAGAAAUUUACUCAUCAGCCCCCCUGGAGUUCGCAACAUAUUCAGCAACACGUCCAUGGCACUGAUACUCGAGUCUUACUACAAUCUGAAUCAAACAGUCGCUAAUGCUACGUGUGUACUUACAACGGCGUAUGCCGAAGUUGAUGUAGCUUGUCAGGAGUCUGUCUGUGGUGCUCGUCGCAUUAGACGAAUUGAGAAGCCAGAGAAUAUGACAGUCAGAACGGUAUUGGAUGGCAUUGCACCGGAAGGGUACCGACAUCAAGGGAUAGCAGGGGUGCUUGACGCAUUCAUCGGAACAUUCAUUAAUAUCACCCAGACGCCGUGGGAGGCCCAGGGUAUAGCAAUGUACAAACCAUUCCCCUCAGCAUUGGAGACGUACUUCACCUACCCUAGCGCUCCCUUUUCUGCUCCAAGUAUUGGUUCUUGGGAUGGAACGGAUAUUUAUCAAGUCGGGAACGCCGUAUUCUCGCAAAGGCUUUCCCAGCUUCUCAACACAUUCUGGCUUUCCUCGGUAGCAUCUCGGAAUAUCACCGGAGAUUUCAAUUUUCAGUCGUCUUCAAGUUACGCGAAAGUAAUUGUCCAAAAUACCACAGGUACAAGAACGCCAAAUCAGUUGGUAAUGCGGGUCAGCGGGCUUUGGAUGUCGAUCCUGUUCAUCGCCUCAACAGUUAUGCUUGCUUCGGGUAUUGCGGCUAGCAUCUUUGGCUGCCUGAGACGGGGUCCCGACGUACUAGAUCGAGCUACAUUCUUCUUAAGGGACAAUCCACAUGUCGACCUGGGCCAACAUAAUUCAAUGGAAGACGGGAUAAGUCAACUCAAGAGGACGAAAAGCUUGCGUAUUUGCAUCGGUGACAUCAGGCCUACGGAAGAAACUGGCUAUGUUGGAUUCGGGAGAGUUGGAAAGGCCAUGCCGCUGAGUUUGCAGAAAAAGGAGAGGCGUUAUGCGUGA